GGGUGAUUAGCCGUAAAAAAAAAUAAAAAAAAUCGGACUCUACUCGCUAACGGGAUAUGGUGCUAUAGAUGAGCUGAAAGCGGUAUAUCGUUGUAAUGCUGUCCCGUUGACCCAGCCGUGCGCGUCGUUCCCAAACACUUACCACAGCGAAGGUGUGGCCCAGUGUGUGUGUGAGACAUGUCAGAUAAGAUGUCCAGUUUUCUGCACAUCGGGGACAUCUGCUCCCUGUAUGCAGAGGGCUCCACCAAUGGUUUCAUCAGCACUCUGGGGCUGGUAGAUGACCGCUGUGUGGUACAGCCCGACACAGGGGACCUGAACAACCCCCCCAAAAAGUUCAGAGAUUGUCUGUUCAGGUUGUGUCCUAUGAACCGCUACUCUGCUCAGAAACAGUUCUGGAAGGCAGCGAAGCCCGGAGGAAACAGCACCACAGACACGGUCCUCCUCAACAAACUACACCAUGCAGCAGAUUUGGAAAAGAAGCAAAACGAUUCAGAAAAUAAAAAGUUGCUCGGAACGGUGAUUCAGUAUGGGAACGUCAUUCAGCUCCUCCAUCUGAAGAGUAACAAGUACCUGACAGUGAACAAGCGUCUGCCUGCGCUGCUGGAGAAGAAUGCCAUGAGAGUGAUGCUGGACACAGCCGGGAACGAAGGCUCCUGGUUCUACAUUCAACCCUUCUACAAGUUGCGCUCCAUAGGAGACAGUGUGGUGAUAGGGGACAAGGUGGUCCUGAACCCAGUGAAUGCUGGCCAGCCCCUUCAUGCCAGCACCCAUCAACUAGUGGACAACCCAGGAUGUAACGAGGUGAACUCGGUCAACUGUAACACCAGCUGGAAGAUUGUGCUGUUCAUGAAAUGGGGUGACAAUCAGGAGAUCAUUCUAAAAGGGGGUGACGUGGUGCGCCUGUUCCAUGCAGAGCAGGAGAAGUUCCUCACCUGUGACGACCACCGGAAAAAACAGUAUGUCUUCCUGCGCACCACUGGACGCCAGUCUGCUACCUCGGCAACUAGCAGCAAAGCCUUAUGGGAGGUGGAGGUGGUGCAGCAUGAUCCAUGUCGAGGCGGAGCUGGCUAUUGGAACAGUCUGUUUAGGUUCAAACACCUGGCCACUGGACACUACCUGGCUGCAGAGAUGAACCCUGACUAUGAGGAAGAGCGCCUGGAGUUCCGCUCCUCACUGGACUCUGAGCAGGUGGACCUCCGCGCCCGCCUCAGGAACCCCCAGGAGAAGGUCAUGUACACCCUGGUGUCUGUCCCUGAUGGCAACGACAUCUCCUCCAUUUUUGAGCUGGACCCAACCACUCUGAGAGGGGGUGACUCCCUAGUACCCAGGAACUCGUACGUGAGGCUCAGACACCUAUGCACCAACACAUGGGUCCACAGCACCAACCACCCCAUCGACAAGGAGGAGGAGAAACCUGUCAUGCUACGUAUCGGCACGUCUGCACUGAAAGAAGACAAAGAGGCUUUUGCCAUCGUACCUGUUUCGCCCGCCGAAGUCAGAGACCUGGACUUUGCCAACGAUGCCAGUAAAGUGUUGGCCUCCAUCGCAGGCAAACUGGAGAAGGGCACCAUCACUCAGAACGAGAGAAGGGCGGUGACCAAGCUUCUGGAGGACCUGGUGUUCUUUGUGGUGGACAUCCCCAACAAUGGCCAGGAUGUUCUGGAGAUCAUGGUCAACAAGCCCAACAGAGAGAGACAGAAACUCAUGAGGGAACAGAACAUCCUCAAACAGAUCUUCAAGUUACUGCAGGCUCCAUUCACAGACAGCGGGGACGGGCCCAUGCUGCGAUUGGAGGAGCUGGCUGACCAGCGCCACACACCCUUCAGACACAUCUGUCGCCUGUGUUACCGCGUGUUACGCCACUCUCAACAGGACUACCGCAAGAACCAGGAGUACAUAGCCAAGCAGUUUCGCUUCAUGCAGAAGCAGAUCGGUUAUGAUGUUCUAGCUGAGGACACUAUCACAGCCCUGCUCCACAACAACCGCAAGCUGCUGGAGAAGCACAUCACCGCUGCAGAGAUAGACACCUUCGUCAGCCUCGUCAGGAAGAACCGGGAGCCCAGGUUCCUGGACUACCUGUCUGACUUGUGUGUGUCUAUGAACAAGUCUAUCCCUGUAACCCAGGAGCUCAUCUGUAACGCAGUCCUGGACCCCACCAACGGAGACAUCCUCAUAGAGACUAAAUUGGUGCUGUCAAGGUUUGAGAUCGAGGGAGCGUCCAUCGGAGAGAACUCAGUGGAGUCUGAGGAGGACGAGGAGGAGGUGUGGCUGUUCUGGAAGGACAGCAGUAAGGAGAUCAGAAGUAAGAGCAUCAGAGAACUUGCCCAGGAUGCCAAGGAGGGCGCCAAGGAGGACCAAGAGGUGGUCAGCUACUACAGGUACCAGCUGAACCUGUUUGCGCGGAUGUGUCUGGAUCGUCAGUACUUGGCCAUCAAUAAGAUCUCUGGCCAGCUGGACGUGGACUUGAUCCUGCGCUGCAUGUCUGAUGAGGACCUGCCUUACGACCUGCGCGCUUCCUUCUGCCGCAUGAUGCUGCACAUGCAUGUGGACCGCGACCCCCAGGAACAGGUCACGCCUGUAAAGUAUGCCCGCCUCUGGUCUGAGAUCCCCUCCGAGAUCGCCAUUGACGACUAUGACAACGACGGCACAUCCAAGGAUGAGAUCAAGGAGCGUUUUGCCCUGACCAUGGAGUUUGUCGAGAACUACCUAAGAGACGUGGUGUGUCAGAGCUUCCCAUUCGCCGACAAGGAGAAGAACAAACUAACCUUCGAGGUAGUGAAUCUAUCCAGGAACCUCAUCUACUUUGGCUUCUACAACUUCAGUGACCUGCUGAGGCUGACCAAGAUCCUACUAGCCAUCCUGGACUGUGUCCACGUCACCACCAUCUUCCCCAUCAACAAGCUGGAGAAGGGAGACGAGACUAAAGGCAGUAACGUGAUGCGCUCCAUCCAUGGAGUGGGGGAGCUGAUGACCCAGGUGGUCCUGAGAGGAGGGGGUUUCCUGCCCACCAACCCCAUCAACCCCCCCAACGGGGACCAGGUCAAGACCCAAACAGAGCCGGAGAAACAGGACAUCCUUGUCAUGGACACCAAGCUCAAGAUCAUAGAGAUACUACAGUUCAUUCUGAAUGUGCGUCUGGACUACCGGAUCUCCUGUUUGCUGUGUAUCUUUAAGAGGGAAUUUGAUGAGAGCAACUCCCAGUCAGAUCUGUCUAUAGCAGGAACCCAUGAGGGACCAAACAACAUGCCAGGAGCUCUGGACUUUGAGAACAUAGAGGAGCAGGCAGAGGGGAUAUUUGGUGGAAGUGAGGAGAACACCCCGUUGGACCUAGACGAUGAUGGUGGUAGGACCUUCCUGAGGGUCCUCCUCCACCUGACCAUGCAUGACUACCCUCCCCUGGUAUCCCGAGCCCUCCACCUGCUCUUCAGACACUUCAGCCAGAGACAGGAGGUUCUACAGGCCUUCAAACAGGUCCAGUUGCUGGUGACCAGUCAGGAUGUGGAAAACUACAAACAGAUCAAGUCAGACCUGGACCAGCUACGCUCCAUUGUGGAGAAGUCUGAGCUGUGGGUCUAUAAGAGACUGGGGCCAGACGAGGGCAUGGACACUGGGGAACACUCUGCCGAGUCUCAACACAAAAAGGGUGACUCCAACUCAAGUGGCUCAGACAAACCAAAGAAACCAGAGAGCACCAGCAGCUACAACUACAGAGUGGUGAAGGAGAUUCUGCUGCGUCUCAGUAGGCUGUGUGUUCAGGAGAGUCUGUCCGGCAGGAAGAGUAAGAAGCAGCAGCAGAGACUCCUCAGGAACAUGGGGGCUCACACCGUGGUGCUGGAGUUACUGCAGAUCCCCUAUGAGAAGGGGGAGGAUGUGCGUAUGCAGGAGAUCAUGAAGCUGGCCCACCAAUUCCUGCAGAACUUCUGUGCAGGGAACCAGCAGAACCAGGCCCUGCUCCACAAACACAUCAACUUGUUCCUCAAUCCAGGGAUCCUCGAGGCAGUCACCAUGCAGCAUAUCUUCAUGAAUAACUUCCAGCUGUGCAGUGAGAUCAAUGAGCGAGUGGUGCAGCACUUUGUCCACUGCAUCGAGACGCACGGCCGCAACGUCCAGUACCUCAAGUUCCUGCAGACCAUCGUCAAGGCCGAGAGCAAGUUCAUUAAGAAGUGUCAAGACAUCGUCAUGGCUGAGUUGGUGAACGCUGGCGAGGAUGUGCUGGUGUUCUACAACGACCGUGCGUCCUUCCAGACCCUGGUGACGAUGAUGCGGUCGGAGCGGGACCGUAUGGAUCAGAACAGUCCUCUGAUGUACCACAUUCACCUGGUAGAGCUGCUGGCUGUCUGCACUGAGGGAAAGAACGUCUACACUGAGAUCAAAUGUAACUCUCUGCUGCCUCUGGACGACAUAGUGAGGGUGGUCACCCACGAGGACUGUAUCCCUGAGGUGAAGAUAGCCUACAUCAACUUCCUGAACCACUGCUAUGUGGACACAGAGGUGGAGAUGAAGGAGAUCUACACCAGCAACCACAUGUGGAAGCUCUUUGAGAACUUCCUGGUGGACAUCUGCAGGGUGUGCAACAACACGAGUGACCGCAAACACGCCGACACGGUCCUGGAGAGCUACGUGACCGAGACAGUCAUGGGCAUCGUGACCACCUUCUUCAGCUCACCCUUCUCCGACCAGUCCACCAGCCUGCAGACCAGACAGCCUGUGUUUGUUCAGCAGUUACAGGCAGUGUUCAGAGUGUAUCACUGUAACUGGCUGGUCCCAGUUCAGAAGGGCUCAGUGGAGAGCUGUAUCAAGGUGCUGUCUGACGUGGCUAAAGGGCGAGCCAUCGCCAUCCCGGUGGAUCUGGACAGCCAGGUGAACAACCUGUUUGUGAAGUCCAACAACAUCGUCCAGAAGACAGCAAUGUCCUGGAGAAUGUCUGCCCGCAAUGCUGCCCGCAGAGACUCGGUACUGACCGCUUCGCGAGACUACAGGAACAUCAUUGAGAGACUGCAGGACAUAGUGUCAGCUUUAGAGGACCGUCUGCGUCCGUUGGUCCAGGCUGAGCUGUCUGUCCUAGUAGAUGUGCUGCAUCGGCCAGAGCUGCUCUUUCCUGAGAACACAGACUCCCGCAGGAAGUGUGAGAGUGGCGGAUUCAUCUGCAAGCUGAUCAAACACACCAAGCAGCUGCUAGAGGAGAAUGAGGAGAGGCUGUGUAUCAAAGUCCUGCAGACCCUCCGAGAGAUGAUGACCAAAGACCGAGGAUACGGAGAGAAGCUCAGGUCCUUUAAUGAUGAGAUGGAUAUGCCGGAGGGUGAGGCGCUGAGGCAGAUUCUGGUGAACCGUUACUAUGGUAACUUCCAUAGGAGUGCUGGGCGGAGGGACAGCCUGACGGCCUUCAGCAACGCAACCCUGGUUCCAGUAGGACCAGGCAAGAGCCAAUCAGGUCUCGGUGGUAUGGGGGCCCUGAGUCGAGGAGAGAUGAGCCUGUCAGAGGUACAGUGUCACCUGGACAAGGAGGGAGCCUCCGACCUCGUCAUAGACCUCAUCAUGAACACCACCAGUGACCGCGUCUUCCAGGAAAGCAUCCUAUUGGCCAUCGCCCUGCUGGAGGGCGGGAACACCACCAUCCAACGUUCCUUCAUCUGCCGUCUGACGGAGGAUAAGAAGUCAGAGAAGUUUUUCCGUGUGUUCUAUGACCGGAUGAAGCUUGCCCAGCUAGAGAUUAAAGCCACGGUGACGGUCAACACCAGCGACCUCGGCAACAGGAAGAGAGACGACGACGCCCCUGACAAGGAUGUGCCUGUCCGCAAGAAAGCCAAAGACUCAGCGGUACUGGUGACAGAUGAGGCAAGAGAGCAGCUGCUGGAGGCCUCGUCGGCCACUAAGAAAGCCUUCAACUCAUACCGCCGUGAGGCCGACCCCGAUGACCACUUCUCUACGGCUGAUGGCACACCCAGCACCGGGGACAAGGGCCAGGACGAUGGAGAGAUGAGCUUUAUCAUCGUCAUCAUGCAGCCUAUCCUGCGCUUCCUCCAGCUGCUCUGUGAGAACCACAACCGAGACCUGCAGAACUUCCUUCGGUGUCAGAACAACAAGAACAACUAUAACCUGGUGUGUGAGACGCUGCAGUUCCUGGACUGUAUCUGUGGCAGCACCACGGGAGGCCUGGGGCUACUAGGACUCUACAUCAAUGAGAAGAACGUGGCUCUCAUCAACCAGGCAGUAGAGAGCCUGACAGAGUACUGCCAGGGACCCUGCCACGAGAACCAGAACUGCAUAGCCACCCAUGAGUCCAACGGCAUUGACAUCAUCAUCGCCCUGAUCCUGAAUGACAUCAACCCACUGGGGAAGAAGAGGAUGGACCUGGUGCUGGAACUCAAGAACAAUGCCUCCAAGCUGUUGCUGGCUAUCAUGGAGAGUCGCCAUGACAGUGAGAACGCUGAGAGAAUCCUGUACAACAUGAGGCCGAAGGAGCUGGUGGAGGUGAUCAAGAAGGCCUACCUGCAGGGAGAGGUGGAGUUUGAGGAUCCCGAAGAGGAGGACGAUAGUGGGGAGGAAGAGGAGCAUGAUGCUGCAUCCCCCAGGAACGUAGGCCACAACAUCUACAUCCUGGCCCACCAGUUGGCGCGCCACAACAAGGAGCUGCAGGUGAUGCUGAAGCCAGGCGGGACCAACGGAGAGGGAGACGAGGCUCUGGAGUUCUACGCCAAACACACUGCUCAGAUAGAGAUCGUGCGUCAUGACCGCACCAUGGAGGAGAUAGUGUUCCCUGUGCCCAACAUCUGUGAGUUCCUGACCUGUGAGUCCAAACUGAGGGUGUAUUACACCACAGAGAGGGACGAGCAGGGCAGCAAGAUCAACGACUUCUUCCUCAGCGCUGAGAACCUCUUCAAUGAGAUGAACUGGCAGAAGAAACUACGAGCCCAGCCCGUGUUGUACUGGUGUUCCAGGAACAUGUCGUUCUGGAGUAACAUCUCCUUCAACCUGGCCGUCCUCAUGAACCUGCUUGUGGCCUUCUUCUAUCCCCUGGAGGGGUUGCGUGAAGGUACCCUGGAGCCCCAGCUGUCUGCCCUGCUCUGGUUUUGUAUGUUGGCAUCGUUGGCUAUCGUGGUGGCCAUGCCCCAGCACCUUGGGGUUCGCACCCUCAUCAUUGCCACCAUCCUCCGCCUCAUCUUCUCUGUGGGCCUGGAGCCCACCCUCUUCUUGCUUGGAGCCUUUAACGUCUGUAAUAAGAUCAUCUUCUUGAUGAGUUUUGUGGGGAACAAAGGGACGUUCACGCGAGGCUACAAGGCCAUGAUCCUGGACGUUGAGUUCCUUUACCAUCUUAUGUACCUCAUCAUCUGUAGCCUGGGGGUCUUCGUCCAUGUCUUCUUCUACAGCCUACUGCUCUUUGACCUGGUGUACAGGGAGGAGACUCUACUGAACGUGAUAAAGAGUGUGACCCGUAACGGUCGCUCCAUCGUGCUGACAGCUGUGCUGGCUCUCAUCCUGGUCUACCUGUUCUCCAUCGUGGGGUACAUCUUCUUCAAGGAUGACUUCAUCCUGGAGGUGGACCGCAUCCCCAACACCACUCUGGAGAACGGGGUCACUAUGCCCAAUAAGCUGGUGUCUGAUGGGAUGUGUCGGUCUGAAAGUGGAGGGAACAACUGCACCACAGAGCUUCAAGUGGAUGACUUGUUGGAGGACAUGGAGGAUGGCAAGGAGCGUACAUGUGACUCUCUGCUCAUGUGUAUCGUCACUGUGCUGAGCCACGGCCUGAGGAGUGGAGGGGGGGUGGGAGACGUCCUGAGAAAGCCCUCCAAAGAGGAGCCUUUGUUUGCGGCCAGGGUGAUCUACGACUUGCUCUUCUUCUUCAUGGUCAUCAUCAUCGUCCUCAACCUUAUCUUCGGAGUCAUCAUCGACACCUUUGCAGACCUGAGGAGUGAGAAACAGAAGAAGGAAGAGGUCCUGAAGACCACCUGCUUCAUAUGCGGUCUGGAGAGAGACAAGUUUGACAACAAGACGGUGACGUUUGAGGAGCACAUCAAGGAGGAGCACAACAUGUGGCACUACCUGUUCUUCAUAGUGCUGGUCAAGGUGAAGGACUCCACAGAGUACACCGGGCCCGAGAGCUACGUCGCUGAGAUGAUCAAGGAGCACAAUCUGGACUGGUUCCCACGGAUGCGUGCGAUGUCGCUGGUGAGCAGUGACGCGGAAGGCGAGCAGAACGAGAUCAGAAACCUGCAAGAGAAGCUGGAGUCAGCCAUGAGGCUGGUAUGCAAUCUGUCUGGACAGCUCACGGAGCUCAAGGAGCAGAUGACAGAGCAGAGGAAACAAAAGCAGAGGAUUGGACUCCUGGGCCACCCCCCUCACAUGAACGUCAAUCCCCAGCAGCCAGCCUGAGGAGGACCAUGGGGUGGGUACCACCUCCUCCACCCAGGACCCUUACCCAGGACCCUAACCCAGGACCACUCACAUGAAGGAGAGCCUGACAUUACAGUGCCUUCUUCUGACAGUCUAUGUAGUGUACAGGAGUAUACCAAAGUGUGUAUGUACAAUAGUAGUCUGCCUGACUCAUGGGCUUUAGAGAGUGAGUAUGUACAGUAUGAAGGGAUUUGUGUGUAGAAUGCCUUAAUGAACACUUAGUGUUUAUGAAACUAGUGCACAUUAGGAGAUGGGGCAUAUGCAUGUAGUGUACGUUAGUGUGUCUAUGUACUGUGCACAUGAGUUUGAGUGGGUGGAUGAGGAAUGUAUGGAGUGUGCACAAAGUGCCCCUGGACUUGAGAAGAAGGAACCAGUCAUGUAAGUUUAGGUUGUAAAAAUGACUCGCGUGAAAAUGCCUUAGGUUGUCUUACUACCCUUAAUGCCUUGUCCAUCUUCCUUACCACUUUGAAUGGGUGACAAAGGUUCUACUCCCCCAUUGGUCUUGAUGUAUUUGGUGAACUUGAAGUCUCAGCCAAUUGCAACACAAGACUCUUGAGACACAUGGGACACUCGUGUUGAAGGACGCUUUCCUCUUUUUUUAUAUUUGUAACCUGGCAAACAGUAUUUAAUAUCUUAUUUUUGUACGAGGUGCAAUACGAAUACUUUACGAUAUGCAACCAUAAAGAUGUUUAAUCUGUACAUAA